AUGGUCUUGGUAGGGCUGCUUGUGUUGUCUAUUCUCCAUUCAUGUGCGAUUGGAAUGCAGCCCACCCAAAUUUCACAGCAGGCAUCAAGCCCUCAUCCUCCUCCUCAAGAACAAACUCCUAUAGGGACUGACAAUCUGUCCUUCCCUUGGAGUCGCCUUCGCUUGCCAAUGUACAUAAUUCCUCGUCAUUACGACAUCAUGGUGCAUCCAAACCUCACUCGUCUACAUUUCACCGGCUCAGUUAUGAUACAAAUUGAUGUCCAGAACAAUACAAAUUGGGUAGUGUUACACAGCAAGGGUCUGAAAAUCUCCAAGGCAACCAUACUGGACAAGAACCUCGCUCAUCUGUCUGAUCAGGUUCUGCCUUGUCUUCAUAAUCCUGCACAUGAGCAGAUAGGGAUCUUCUCACCCAGGGUACUCAGCAGUGGACAAAAGUACUUCCUAUAUAUUGAAUUUGGGGCAGAGUUGGCCGAAGGCUUCCAUGGAUUCUAUAAAAGCACCUACACGACAAGUUCAGGAGAGAUCAGAACUUUAGCCUCUACUCACUUCGAGCCUACUAGUGCUCGUAUGGCAUUCCCUUGUUUUGACGAGCCGAGCUUUAAAGCCACCUUCACAGUUACGAUAAGACGGAGCUCUGAGUACAUUUCUUUGUCCAAUAUGCCGGUAGUAAAAUCAGUUGAAGUGGAUGAUGGCUUGAUGGAGGACCAGUAUGAUACAACUGUCAAGAUGAGCACGUACCUUGUAGCUUUUAUCGUCUGUGAUUUUAAAUCUGUUAGUGCAAAAACAUCUUCUGGAGUGCAGGUGUCCAUCUAUGCUGAUCCAGAGAAAUGGAAUCAGACGAACUAUGCCCUUGAAGUUGCUAUCAAAAUGCUCGACUUCUAUGAGGAUUAUUUCAACAUUCGUUAUCCGCUACCCAAAUGUGAUCUAAUCGCCAUCCCUGACUUCCAAUCGGGUGCGAUGGAAAAUUGGGGCUUGACCACCUACAGAGAGACUAGCCUGCUUUUUGACCCUGACAUAUCAUCGGUAUCUGAUAAACUGUGGGUAACCAUGGUGAUUGGGCAUGAGCUUGCACAUCAGUGGUUUGGUAACUUGGUAACGAUGAAGUGGUGGAAUGAUACCUGGCUGAAUGAGGGGUUUGCCAGAUACAUGGAGUAUAUUUCAGUGGAGGCUAACUACCCUGAACUCAAAGUGGAGGAAUAUUUGUUGCACGCAUGUUUUGCAGCAAUUGGUCAUGAUUCUUUGAAAUCAUCACGGCCAAUAUGCAGCCCAGCAGAGAAUCCAACUCACAUCCAGGAGAUGUUUGACACCAUCUCUUACGAGAAAGGAGCGUGUAUCCUUCAGAUGCUGCACCACUUUUUGUCAAAUGAUGUGUUCCAGAGUGGGAUAGUUCGAUACCUCCGCAAAUAUAGUUACCAGAAUGCACAAAACCAGGAUCUGUGGGACAGUCUGGGCAAUACAUGCCUAGAAGAGGAUUUUACCUUGGGCCAGCAUUGUUACAACAAAGAACAGGAUAAUAAGAAUUCAUAUACAUUGGCUGGAGAACACUUGGACUUGACAACCAUGAUGAACACUUGGACUCUGCAGAAAGGUAUCCCUCUGGUAAUUGUAAAAAGAGAGGGUCCAAGUCUGAUGCUAAGACAGGUCAGAUUCCUGAGGACAGAACUGCCCUCUGACCCCAACUGGUCCACAUUGCAAAAAGGUUAUUUGUGGCAUAUUCCUUUGACGUACAAGAUGGAUACUUCUAGCACCAUCCAUAGACACAUGAUGACAACACAUACAGACAGUGUCCACAUAGGAGAGAAUGUCAACUGGGUGAAGGUCAAUGUGGACAUGACUGGCUACUAUGUAGUUCAUUAUGAAAAUGGCGGAUGGGAGGAGAUAACAAAGCUGCUGAGAGAAAACCACACUGCUCUAAGCUACAAAGACAGGACCCAUUUGAUACACAAUGCCUUUCAACUGGUCACGGCAGGUUACCUUCCACUGAACAAAGCAUUCGAUUUGAUUGGUUAUCUGCAUCUGGAGACACAUACAGUACCUCUGCUCAUAGGAUUGGGCUACCUGGAAACACUUUAUCAUAUGACUGAGAAGCGGAGUGAUGUGGAACUGGUGCAAAACUUUAGGAACUACAUCCUGCAGUUUUUCCGUGGAGUCAUUGACCAACAGACAUGGAGUGACGAUGGCUCUGUGUCAACUCGGCGACUUAGGUCAGAGGUCCUCUCCUUGGCUUGUCAUCUGAAUGACACUUCAUCUUUACAUGAAGCACACUGGCGUUUUAAAGACUGGCUUCAGUCAAACGGAGAACUCAAGCUUCCCACCGAUGUGGCAGAGACUGUGUAUGCAGUUGGUGCCAAGGAUGAUCAUGGAUGGGGCUCACUCUUGCAUAUGUACAAGACAGCAAGCUCACCGGCACUGAAAGACAAAAUUUUGUUUGCCUUAACCAGCAGCAGAGACAUAAAUAAAUUACAAAGACUGUUGGACCUGGGUCUGGAAGGUCACGUGAUACGACCCCAGGACCUGACCAGGCUCAUCGUGUUGGUGGCCAGAAACCCUCAGGGACAUCACAUGGCAUGGAACUUUGUUAAGAAAAACUGGAGCACACUAGUUCAAAAAUUUGAGUUGGGCUCAUCUACUAUUCGAAACAUACUCAUAGGCACCACAGGCCAGUUUACAUACCCAGAGGAAUACACUGAGGUGAAGUUGUUCUUUGAGUCCAUCAAAGAACAUGCAUCUCAAUUCAAGGGUCCUCAACUUGCACUGGAAAACUUGCAGAAAAAUGUUCGGUGGAUGCAGAGGAACUUGGAGACAUUAAAAAACUGUGUUUCUGAGAAAUACAACUCACGACAGAAGAAGGAAUUGUAA